ACCCCACUGCACAAGGCUAUCGUUGGUGUCGCAAUGUUGGAGCCGGGAGACAAGUUUGAGAGCGAGGAACACAUCAAAGACAAUCAGUGUGACAUCAUCAAGGUCCUGGUUGCCCACGGCGCCAGUCUCUCGGCAACAGACGAGGCGGGGCUCUCUGCCAAGGACCUGGCUCACGACCAAGACUUCUUUGAGGCCGUCGACCUUCUAGAGGAGCUGGAAGUGAUAAUAGACAAGGAGACAAGGAAGAGAGAGAGAAAGCAGAGGUUGAGAGAUCUCUACGCAGCAUGUGAAGCAGGAGAGGUGGCUAAAGUCAGGGAACACCUGCAAGUAAUGCCAGAGGCUAUCAAUGAGUUCAUUCAAGACGGGAAUAACCUACUAAUGUGUGCUGCGGACAAAGGCUACCUCGAAAUGGUGGAGUAUCUCCUUGACAACCGAGCCAUCGCCGUUGCGAACCCCAUCACCAACCUCACCGCGCUCCACAUGGCUUGUCGUCACGGACACACCGACAUUGCCAUCGCCUUGCUCAAUCGUCUCCCUGCGCUACUCGCAAUAGACGACUCGCCAGACGAGACUUCUCUCCACAUUGCGGCACGAGAGGGCCACGUCGAGAUCGUUCGAAACCUCCUGGCGGUCGCCGCCCGGGCGGAGCAACUCAAAUCGCUGGAGAGGUCCGAUUCCGGUUCCGGGAAAUCCGAUAUUUUGGUACCACUGUAUCGGUCUGGGACGGAGCGUGUGCAGAAGAACCUGGAGCUUCUGGAUUCACUGGGUGAGGUGACGGUGGAUAUAAUGGCCCCGUCUCUCGGUGACAGGAGAACUCCGCUGCAUGAGGCAUCGGCCGCGGGGCACGUGGAGGUGGUGAGGCUGAUCCUGGAGUUCAUGAAGGAGUGUUACUCCGGAGUAGGGAGUGGGGGAGGGGCGGAGGGGAGACUGAUGAGGUUAUCGUCGCGCACCGAUGGUGAGGGAAGCCAGUCUGGGAGCCCGGUAAAGUUGGACCACUACCAUUCUCCUCGGAGACCAAACCCUUCGUCUUCGUCGGGGAAGAGGCCCAGACCGGUGCCUGGCGUGGACCAGAUGACGAGACGAGGUAAAACUGCAUUCCACGAAGCGGCAAAGUACGGCCAUUUCGAGACGAUGACUGCGCUACUAGAGGCCGGGGCCGACAUCAAUGCCUACAUGCGCCCCGACCUGGACACCACUAUCAACGUCGACCUGACUGCUCUGGUUCAAGCGUGCCUCAUGAACCAGCCUGGCAUCGUCCGUUUCCUACUCAGAAAUGGAGCCACAGACACCAGACUAAAGGCCCUCUCACGCUCACUUCGACAGUCUCACAACGUAGUCGCCGGUCUCCUGCUGUGCUAUAAUGGAGGGGCACACCCGAUAAUCGAGGAGGCAGUGGCCCGCCCAACAAACGAUGGAGAAAAGUCCAGACUGGGCAAGAUCGGCGUCGCAUGGAACAGCAAAAAGCUUGCCUGCAUACACGAGAGCUGGUUACAGACUGUGUGUAUGGAGGUCCCUGUGAAUGGGAACAGGACACCGGUCAUUGCACAUCUCGACAUCUCUUCCAACGAGCUGAGAGAAAUUCCCAUUGAGGUGUUCCAAUUAGUGCACCUCACACGAUUGGACGCCAGUCGGAACAAGAUAACGAGUCUCCCUGUAUCCCACGGCAACGAGCGGGGUUGGGACUGCCCACGAUUAUCGGAGCUGGACAUCAGUUCGAACCGACUAACAACGAUCCCCUCCCUCCUCUUCCUCCUCCCGGAGCUGAAGGAGUUAAACGCCAACGACAACGAGGUCACAGAGGUCGACAUAUCCGUGUGGACUGCACCCAAACUAAACAAACUCUUUCUCAAUCGAAACAGACUCAAAGACUUUCCGUCUUCCUCCGAAUUAACCCCUUCAUCACUACCGCAGUCUCCGCCCACAGGGAGAGGGUGCCAGGAAUCAGGCCGCCAAGUCACUCACAGAGUCGCAAACCCAUUUGACGAGAGUCUCAGCGCGUGGAUAAACCGCCGCCGGGGGUCACGACCCAACACCGCCACAUUUGGCCGAGACCCGCGGAGGAUGAGUGUCGGAUCACUGCAGACCUCAAUCAUGAGCUGGCGGUUCAAAAACUUUCAAGAUUCGAACUUUGCGGUCGACGAACUCGACGAUUUGGAGAGCGAGUCCUCCGAGGAAGGGAGCGAGGGAGGUGCUCUAGAGCACAUCGACCUCUCGCGUAACUCUCUGACCUCUGUACCCGCGGGGCUCAGCUGCCUGGCCCCGAAACUCCAAAAACUAAACUUGUCUCACAAUCGUAUUCGCGGUCUCGGGCAACUCAGCGAGUUCCCUCCCGGCCUGGAAAUGCUCGACGCUUCAAACAACGAGCUGUGCUCAGCCAUCACGGAGUCAGCAUCGCUAUCGGUGAUGACCCCCUGUGCUCGGCGCUCCCUCCCUCUCUCCUCGGGUGGAAACGCGUCGUUCCUCGAGAGCGUCGUCUCCCCAACCUCCUCCCUCCGUCCCUGCGGCCACAGGCUCCAUAGAAACCUUCAAAAGUUGUCGACGAUUCGGUUGAGUCGGAACCAACUGGUGGACGUGCAGUUGUUUCGGACCGUCAGUCGACCCAAAGUGGGCGAUCUCACCGCGUCGCUGGAGGAGACGUCGACUCGCGAUGCUCAGAGACAGCCGUCGAACGAUCCGUUUGCCAUUCGAGUUGCCCCGGGGAAGCCCGCGGGAACGCCUUGGAAAGAGGCACUGAGCAAAUCGAUGAGCGGACCUCACUCACAAGACGUGACAAGCUCGCCGCCCAUGCGUGGAGGGAAACACCCGGCAAAGAGGGUGGGGUCUGGGGACACCGUGCAUCGCGGAGCCGGGGGUUCAAAUUCAUCCAACAGCGGGGGUUCGGGUGACGAUGGGGGGCUGCAGUCCCCAUCUCACACCAUCCUCUCCCCCCUCUUCCCCAUGCUGUCGACGCUGGAACUAGCCCAGAACAAUCUCCACAGCGUUCCGGUCAACAUACACCUGGUGAGCACUCUGGCGUGCUUCGUUCUCAGCCAGAACCCCAUCGAGAGUCUCCCGUUGGAGCUGAGCAACCUCGAACAUCUCUGGAACCUCGAGUACGAGGGCUGCAACCUCAUCUCUCCUCCUAAACAAGACCUCGACAAGUUCAGACUGGCCGCCGACAAGCUUCUCUACAUGAAGUCACUCCUACACGAUGCAAAGCCGAACGAGAGUCUGAAGCUGAUGUUGGUCGGUCUGCAGAAGAUGGGAAAGACGACGCUACUGUCGAAACUGAGGGAGGUGAACGAAUCAACCACAGCGGCCUCCACCUUCAACGAGAGAGUGAAGGGAGAGGAGAAGGAGAGAGGAGGAGGCAGAGGGAAGAAAAAAGGAGAGAUCCUGUCAACAGUGGGGGUAGAUCUGGGAAUAUGGAGGUACCGCAAGGACCUGGAGCCUGACCUGAGAGGCAAGAAGAAGUCGGGAAAGACCAUGAAAUCCGUCACGUUCUUCACCUGGGAUUUCGGGGGUCAGGAGGAGUAUUACGUAACCCACCAGUGUUUCCUGUCUACUCGCUCCCUGUAUCUCGUGGUCUGGGACGUGGAGGAGGGGGAGGAGGGGAUCGAGCAACUGGGCCCCUGGCUACACAACAUACAGGCGAGGGCUCCAGGGUCGCCGGUGGUGAUAGUGGGAACUCACAUGGACAGAGUUAGGGGAGAGGAGAGGGACAGGAGGAAGGUUGAACUGUCCAACAUCAUCAAAGACAAGUAUCUGGUUGGUAGAGGCCCCCAACAGCAGAGGGAACUGGGACUGCCAAAGAUCAGAGAUGUAGUCUACGUGGCGUGUCCUACGUCCGGACGAGAAGAAGGCGUGGCAGACCUCCGGAAGGCACUCUACGACAUCGCCUUCUCCCUCACACUCCCCAAAGUGGGUCAUACCGCAGGCACCAAAACCAAGCUACUGGAGCAGCCCAUCCCCGCCUCCUUCCUCAAACUGGAGGAAAGGGUGAGGGUGCUAGCCACGGACCUAAAGAGACAGGCUGAACCACCACUCCUCAAAGAGAACAAGUUCAGAGAAGAGACGAGUGACAUCAUCGCUAAUCCGAGAGAAUUAGACCAGGCCGUCACUUUCUUACAUGAAAACGGAGUGAUGCUGCACUACGCCACACCAGCGCUGAGCCACCUCUACUUCGUGGACCCUCAGUGGCUGUGUGACAUGCUGGCCCACGUCGUCACUGUGCCUGAAGUCAACAGCUCUCAUCAGGAAAGACGCGUCUGUCUGCUUUCACAUGUCCUCUACUCCAGUCCAGAUGCAGGGGAUUCUGCGUACUGUCAGUCCUGGCCCACGUCUUCAAAGGCAAGCACUCCCCCAGGAACACCGUCGGAGUACAUCGAACUCCUCGAGCACAUUUCCGACGAACUCUUUAGAACGGGGCUGAUUCUGAGGAGAUUCUACUUCAUGACAGGUUCCCAGACUCCGAACCACGGAAUCGAGAUAUUGGUACCAGACACCGUCUGUCCGGCAGUGUUGAGGAGGGAGACUGAGGAGGGAGAUGGAGGAGAGAGGGAGAGGGUGUGGAUGAGUGCAGGGUUGCUGACUCAGGCCGUCGAUUUCAUAGACGCACUACUGGAGGACUGGUAUCCUGGACUCGGGGCCAGGGAGGGGAACACCACAGUCGAUUCAAUCCCCCGCUCCUCCUUCUCCCCCUCUCCCGCCCCCCGCGAGACCAGAUUUUCCCCCGGAACAACGCCCCCUCAGCCCCCCGCGUUCUCAGUGUCUGAACCCCACCGGCGCAGUCGCACUCCCGAUCAUUCAGACCUGGACCACUCACCCUCACAGCAUCGUCGCUACCGUGCAAUGAACAUUCCCCGCUCGCCACGCCCCCUCUCAUCUCGCCAGAACUCUCACGAUCCCUCGUACACCGACAAAACUCCUCCGUUGUUGGAGAAGGGGCGUGGUUCUGAGGGUCACCCCAGAGGUCGCUCUCUCUCAUCUCCGCUGUCACGGCGACUCCGAGACGCCCUGGGUGCACCCACCAGUCGCCGUGACAACAAGAGCCAGGAGGACCUGGUGGAGUAUGCCAACGAAGUAGAACCAAUGACAGGGGACAAAGAGCUGAAGCUGGCGUCCAAGUUUGGGUUCAUGAUUGAGUCUUGCAUCAUGGCCGCUCGAGCCAGAGAGGACCUCGUAUGCCCCGCCCACCAGACACACCCACUUCCUGUCAGAGACGUUGCUCCAGACGUGGUGUUUGCAGACCUGCCCACCCAGUUUCUGUUGGACAGUGAGUGUGUGGACAAGGGAGUCUACGUCGACCACGGAUCUUUCGGUGACAUUUACCGCGGCACCGUCUACCCCACUCCUACCUCCACCGACGACGAGGGGAGGGAAGUGGCACUCAAGAUCGACAGACUCGACUCUAAAAAGUGCACACCCGAAACUGCCACCAAGUCUUACAUUGAGGUGAGAGCUGAGGUAUCUCUCCUCCACAAACUCCACCAUCCCCACGUCAUAGACUUCAUUGGAGUCGUCCUCCAGCCCCUCUGCUUCAGCCUGGAGUGGGCCUGCGGUGGCUCACUCCACUCAAAGCUGGGCAAGUACCGCAAGGUGGACGCCAGGAUUGGACCUCACGCUCUGCAACAGACCGCUCUCCAGGUGGCUCGCGGUCUGUCUUACCUCCACCAACAGAAGGUCGUGUAUUAUGACCUCAAGUCCCCCAACGUUCUGGUCUUCCAGUUCCCUUCUCCUCAGCAGAGUAUGCAGAUGGCCGCUCAACAACUCUCCCCAGAGGAUGUCCCUCCAAUCUACCUGAAGAUUGCAGACCUCGGUAUCAGCAGGAUCAUGUCCCCCGGGGGAACCAUGGGAUUCAAAGGUUCCCCCGGGUUUAUGGCCCCCGAGAUUCUCAAAUAUGUUGGCAUGGAGGCCGUCACUGAGAAGGUGGACAUCUACUCGUUUGGAAUGUUCAUGUACGAACUGAUAUCUCUGUACUUUCCCUUCGAGAAGCAGAACCUCAUGAGCUCUCAGAUAGAGAACCUGGUGGUGGAGGGAGAGAGACACCUCAUCCAGAACAGAGUGAGUGUGUGGACCCUGCUAUUCCCCGAGUCCCUCGUGACAAGCGGAGGUAGAGAGGAAGCAGACGGCGCGGGAGGAAAGAGCGAAGCAGGAGAAGGAGAAGGAGAAGGCGGAACGAAGGAGGAGAGGAAGGAGAAGAAGGCGAGGAAGAGGAGAGGACAGGAGGAGGAGAAGGACGGACAGGAGGCGGAGAAGGAGGAGACGGAGGGAAGGAGGAGAGUAGAGGAAAGCAGGAAGGAGGAGAAGGAGGAGAGGAGGAGAGGAAAGAGGACGGAGAAGAGGAGCGAGGAGAGAGCAGGAGGCGAAGGAGGAGACGGAGCGCAGUGA